AAAUUAUCACAAUCGUCAGAUUGAACUUGAUUAUCUUGCCAAUAUGUCACAAUCUGACGUCCCCAUCGAUACCCUCCCGAUCUGGUCUCGCUUCAAUGGUGUCGUCUUUGACGGGGCUGCUAUUGCGCAGACUGAAGGAAAAGGGUACGGCCUUGUAGCCCAGAGGGAUCUACAAGCUGAAGAUGGCGAGAAAGUCACAGUCUUACUAUCAGUGCCACAAGAGCUUCUUUUGAAUUCUGAAUCUGUAGAUCAGUAUUCCAGAACGGAUCAAAGAUUCAAGGAUCUCUUUGAUGUUGCAGGCCACCAGUCGCCCAGACAAAAUUUGAUUCUCUUCCUGCUGGCUCAGAUUAUCCACGUCUGGGCCAGCGAUGAAGGUGGCGGGGUAUCCAACCCCUGGACUCAAUACAUAAAGUAUCUCCCCCGGACGGUUCCUCUACCCACUCUGUGGAACGAAGAUGAAAGACAACUGCUCAGGGGUACAUCGCUUGAGGCUGCCGUUCAUUCCAAGUUGAGAGCACUGGAAAAUGAGUUCGAUGACCUUCUGGAAAAGGCUGCAGAAAUACCGAGCUGGAAUGAGGUUCUCUGUGAGAAUCAAGUCAUAACAGUCAGCGAUUACGCACGCCUGGAUGCCUGGUACCGCUCGAGAUGCAUGGAGUUGCCCGCCUCCGGGCCGACGAUGGUGCCUUGCAUCGACAUGGUAAACCACGCCGCGACCCCCAACGCUUCUUACGUCAAGAACAGUGAAGAUGGCGUCAACCUCUGUCUGCGCCCUGGCGCUGCGGUGGAAAUCGGACAAGAAAUUACCAUCUCUUAUGGUGAAAAGAAGCCAGCCGCAGAAAUGCUUUUCAGUUAUGGCUUUGUGGACUCAGAAGCUGCAGGUGAUGAAAAGAUACUCGUCCCCGUCGAGCCCCCAGAAGAUGAUCCGCUUGUCAUGGCCAAAGCUCGGAUCUACGGAGAAGCGCCCACAGUUCGCAUAUCGAGGUCUCAAGAUGGUGGCGUUCAAUGGGACUGCCCGUUCGCCUUUCUCUUGAGUCUCAACGAGGAAGAUGGCCUUGGUAUCCGUCUCUUGCAACUGAACGACGGGGGCAGGGAAAUUCGACUCUUCUGGGAGGAGCAAGAUGUUACUGGCUCAGUCAAAUCCCUGCAGGACAUCACUAAAGAGCAUCCUCAUCACAAGGUCUUCCAGCUCCGAACUGUGGUAAUUGUACAGGAAACUGUUCAAGCACAGCUCAAGAGGCUAUCUACAGGAACUGGCGAUCAUAACAACACAGCGAAUGUACGCCCUAGUUGUAGAUUUGCAGCUCAAAAGCUUCGGGAAGCCGAGGAAAGGCUACUCCAGGAUGCAGCUGACGUUCUCGAAACAGAGAAGACGCAGCUCCUGGAAAACGAAAAAAUCCUUGCAUAUCUCGGACGAACGGAAGUUGCUCAAAACGACCUAGCGGAUAGCAGUCCAGCCAAUGAGGAGACAGAUUUUAGCUGAUCUUGGGCCGAACCCGACCAGUUCAUAGCCGAGCCCCACGUGGCCGCUAACCCACGAUCCAAAGUCUGGGGCCCCAGAAUGUCAAGCUUGUCACGAUGCUUGGGGUCAAUUGGGAACCACGCUAGGCUAGCUCGCUUUCAACUUAGUUAAAGUAUAAACUGGAAUAUGUUCCCUUUUUUCCCAGUUGCAUCAGCCCAUACAACUGCGUGUACAUACUGUGCAAGACGGCUGUACCGGUACGAAGGCAUGUAUUAUAUCCCGGUUACCAACCAGAUUGCACUCUCACCACAACACGAUUCUACCGGACGACUGAGCAUCCAAUUUACCCUUUCAAACUGCCUAUCACCGUUGCGGCGGUUUUGGCAGACCUGCAGGCUUAACGAACUUGCCCCAGCAUGCGGAAAGUAUGGGGCGAUCUGCAAGGGCUUGGCCUGCUCCCGGUGCACCAAAAGUAAAAUCUACGAAUACAGUACAUACAUGGGGGGGGGG